AUGGUGUCAGAUAACGUGUCGGGCCAGACUGUAGUUGAUCCAAAGGGCUACUUAACUGACUUACAGUCUAUGAUUCCACAGCAUGGAGGUGAUAUCAACGAUAUGAAGAAAGCAAGACUACUUCUUAAAUCAGUUCGCGAAACUAAUCCAAAACACCCUCCUGCCUGGAUAGCUUCAGCCAGAUUAGAAGAGAUUGGCGGCAAAUUGCAGGCAAGCUUAGUCGUUGCCAGAAAUCUCAUCAUGAAGGGCUGCGAAGAGUGCCCAAAGUCAGAGGAUCUUUGGCUUGAGGCUUCUCGUCUCGUACCUUCUGACCAGGCACGUGCCGUUGUUGCUCAGGCUAUCAGACAUCUUCCACAAUCGGUUCGACUGUGGGCUAAAGCCGCAAACCUGGAAGUCGAGGUGAAAGCAAAGAAAGAAGUAUUUAAAAGAGCCCUGGAGCAAGUCCCUAAUUCUGUAACAUUGUGGAAACUUGCUGUCGAGCUUGAAGUGAGUAAUUUUUUUCCUUGA